UCGGUGUCGCAGUCAAUGAAUAACUCUACAUUAUAAUUAUUUUGUAUUUUAUUAAUUUUGACCAUAAUCAGAAUAAUAUCAUCAAGACGUCGACCUUGUCCCUAUCCCGGAGGGCACUUCAAGUUCAUAUUAUAAUUGACCAGUGACAAUUAUUGUAUUUACCGAUAUCAUCUGUGGCACAGUUAUUGGUUGAAUAUUACGUCCUGUUACUUAAAAAGUCGAACUUCCUUAUUUCCUAAGACAUGUCGGUCGUCUACAAAGCCGUAGUUUCAGCAGCCGACAAAGUUGUACCACGGGGCUUGAGACCACUCUGGGAACAUCCGGCGGGUCCAAAGACUAUUUUCUUCUGGGCACCCGCAUUUAAAUGGGGCUUAGUUAUUGCUGGAAUUGGAGAUAUUACUCGUCCAGCAGAAAAAAUUAGCAUAUCUCAAUGCUCAGCAUUAGCUGCCACCGGUAUCGUGUGGUCACGAUAUUCACUCGUCAUUAUACCAAAAAACUGGAGCUUGUUUAGCGUUAAUGUUUUUGUGGGUGCUACAAAUUUAUAUCACUUGGUCAGAGCUUUUAUGUACCAACAAGAACAAAAGAAAGCAUUGGAAAGUGGCACUAAAAGUGACAAAUAGAUUAAAUGUACAUUAAAAUGUAUAAUUUAAUGAUAAAAUAAUUUUAAUGUUUUUGUUGUAUAAAAUGAGUCAAAAAUUAUUCAAUUACAAUAAGGAUGAAUAAAUGAUUUGUCUUAUUGAAAGAAUAAUAAUAAAGUCAUUAUCAUAAUGAAUUAGAUGAAUAAAUACAUUUAUUGUACAACUAUCUGGCUCAGUAACCUCUUUUAAAGCCGUCUGCACCGCUAUAGCCUCUGAAACCUCGUCCUAAAAAAAGAGAUUAUUAUUUUUUAGAAUUCAAUUAGAUACAAGCAUAAUUUUAUAAUAAUAUUGUUAUGUAUAAUGUAUAUUGUUAUUUUUUAUACUAAUUUAAUCAUAAAAGCUCAAUUGGAGGAAAAUAUACGAGACAUAAAUAUUUAUUA